CCCCAGCGCCUCGGGCUUCCACAAAACCUGACGUCCAUCGGACCCUUGCCAGACAUGCCCCAACUCCAGGAGCUUGACUACUACGACAACAGGCUUGUGAAGAUAAGGCUCAAAACUCUUGACGUGAGCGCCAACAGGAUAGAGCAUUUGCAAGGAUUGGAGGCCCUCGAGAAUCUGCAGGAGCUCUGUGGGCCAUCUGCUCUGGUGCGAUCUGACGUCCUUCCUGUUGACACGCAAACUCCGCCGUAUCUAGGCAAGCACUGUCAUCCUCUGGAAGUAGAAUUUCAGCUGGAGGGAAAGAAGCGACUAAGGACAGUCUAUUUCGAAGGCAACCCUCCGCAAACCGCGGCGGGUGCAACAUAUCGGUCGGAGAUUGAGGCACUUCUCCGCAACUGACGCAAAUCGACGCCACCCUGGUCCGCUAAAUGAGCCGCUCAAGAAUGAAGUUUUGCGAACGCUCGACAGCGAAUCGCCACCUCUUCACCUUACAGAGGCCCGUCGGUAGUAGAGAGAGAGGAGGGAGAGAAGCAAGAUAUGAUAAUCGAUCUGAGCUAGUCAGAGAAUCGCUGUGCGUUCGCAAGAAUAGACACCGGUUUGCGAUC